AUGGAUAAAACUGACUAUACUGACAGUGGGUACCCGACGAUAGAUAAAACUGACUAUACUGACAGUGGGUACCCGACAAUAGAUAAAACUGACUAUACUGACAGUGGGUACCCGACGAUGGAUAAAACUGACUAUACUGACAGUGGGUACCCGACGGUAGAUAAAACUGACUAUACUGACAGUGGGUACCCGACGAUGGAUAAAACUGACUAUACCGACAGUGGGUACCCGACGAUAGAUAAAACUGACUAUACUGACAGUGGGUACCCGACGAUGGAUAAAACUGACUAUACUGACAAUGGGUACCCGACGAUAUAUAAAACUGACUAUACUGACAGUGGGUACCCGACGACAGAUAAAACUGACUAUACUGACAGUGGGUACCCGACGAUAGAUAAAACUGACUAUACUGACAGUGGGUACCCGACGAUAGAUAAAACUGACAAUACUGACAGUGGGUACCCGACGAUAGAUAAAACUGACUAUACUGACAGUGGGUACCCGACAAUAGAUAAAACUGACUAUACUGACAGUGGGUACCCGACGAUGGAUAAAACUGACUAUACUGACAGUGGGUACCCGACGAUAGAUAAAACUGACUAUACUGACAGUGGGUACCCGACGAUAGAUAAAACUGACUAUACUGACAGUGGGUACCCGACGAUAGAUAAAACUGACUAUACUGACAGUGGGUACCCGACGAUAGAUAAAACUGACUAUACUGACAGUGGGUACCCGACGAUAGAUAAAACUGACUAUACUGACAGUGGGUACCCGACGAUAGAUAAAACUGACUAUACUGACAGUGGGUACCCGACGACAGAUAAAACUGACUAUACUGACAGUGGGUACCCGACGAUAGAUAAAACUGACUAUACUGACAGUGGGUACCCGACGAUAGAUAUAACUGACUAUACUGACAGUGGGUACCCGACGAUAGAUAAAACUGACUAUACUGACAGUGGGUACCCGACGACAGAUAAAACUGACUAUACUGACAGUGGGUACCCGACGAUGGAUAAAACUGACUAUACUGACAGUGGGUACCCGACGACAGAUAAAACUGACUAUACUGACAGUGGGUACCCGACGAUGGAUAAAACUGACUAUACUGACAUUGGGUACCCGACGAUAGAUAAAACUGACUAUACUGACAGGCGGUACCCGACGAUGGAUAAAACUGACUAUACUGACGGUGGGUACCCGACGAUAGAUAAAACUGACUAUACUGACGGUGGGUACCCGACGAUAGAUAAAACUGACUAUACUGACAGUGGGUACCCGACGAUAGAUAAAACUGACUAUACUGACAGUGGGUACCCGACGAUGGAUAAAACUGACUAUACUGACAGUGGGUACCCGACGACAGAUAAAAUUGACUAUACUGACAGUGGGUACCCGACGACAGAUAAAACUGACUACACUGACAGAGGGUACCCGACGACAGAUAAAACUGACUAUACUGACGGUGGGUACCCGACGACAGAUAAAACUGACUAUACUGACAGUGGGUACCCGACGAUGGAUAAAACUGACUAUACUGACAGUGAGUACCCGACGAUAGAUAAAACUGACUAUACUGACAGUGGGUACCCGACGAUGGAUAAAACUGACUUUACUGACAGUGGGUAUCCGACGAUAGAUAAAACUGACUAUACUGACACAGGGUACCCGACGACAGAUAAAACUGACUAUACUGACAGUGGGUACCCGACGACAGAUAAAACUGACUAUACUGACGGUGGGUACCCGACGAUAGAUAAAACUGACUAUAUUGACAGUGGGUACCCCACGAUAGAUAAAACUGACUAUACUGACAGUGGGUACCCGACGAUAGAUAAAACUGACUAUACUGACAGUGGGUACCCGACGAUGGAUAAAACUGACUCAAGAUAA